AUGAUGCUCGGUCCCCGCGCCCUCGCGCCGCUCCGCUUGUCGCCCGUCCGCUGCGCGACGCGACGCGCGUUCGCCGCCGCCUCCUCUGGCGGCAUCCCCGACGACAUGGAGCACGCCGUCGGCCGUGAGCGACAGGAGCUCGAGGCCGCGACGAUGGGCGUGACGCAGUUCAACCGCGACCCGCUCGAGAGCGACGAGGCGCAGGGCAACUCGAAGGACGACCCGAUUCUGGUGCCGUCGUUCUACGACGUGCGGACGGUGGGCGUGUCGCACAACGACGCCUCGUACCUGUACUGGUUCAACAUGGUCAAGGGCAAGGUGCACUACUUGCCGCAGAUUGAAAAGUACUUUCUGCUGUACAAUCCCGAGGAGCUGGCGCAGCUGGUGAAGGAAGUCGAAGCGAAGCAGCAGUGA